AUGCGCUUCUUCCAGUCCCUCACUCUCCUAGCCCUGAGCGGCCUUGGCCUCGCCUCGCCCGUCGACACCUCAUCGUCCGCCGUCGAGGCACGACACUGGCCCGGGCCGUGGGGCUACGGGCAAUGCCUGCGCAAGGAGGACGCGCAGGAGCUGGUGGACGCCUACGUGCGCAUGAUCCGGGGGUGGAAGGACGAGGACGCCAAGUACCUCGCCGAGUCCUUCACCGACUGGUCCGACAGCAUCAACAUCCUUGCCGGCAAGCCGCUUGGCACCGUCACCUUCCCGAGCAAGGCCGCGUUUGUCAAGAAGCAGCAGGUUGCGCCCGACAACCUCCCGAUCGAAGUGACCCACCAAGGUCCCAUCGACUGCGACGAGAUCUCCAUCAUCUGGAGCAUGACCUUUGGCGCGGCCCAGAAGCCCGUGCGGGGCGAGACCAUCCUGACCGCCACCAAGGAGGCCGGCUACUGGCAGAUCUCGCGGAUCGACGUCGAGUUCAACAGCAUUGCCUACCUGCUCAACAUCGGCGGCACCUACACGAUGCCUUCCAGCAGUGCCUAA